AUGUUGUUUAAAGAUGCAGACGUCGAGCGGAAGUUCUUCCAACGCUUCCUCUUUGAUGAUGAGAACGACGACGACGACGAAGAAGACAAUAUCGUCGACAAAACGCUGAUAAAAUGGACGCGAGCGCCGAAAACAGUCGCUCGAGCGAGGAAAGAAAUCGUGGACGUCAUCGACGACGAAACGAAGAAUAAGCUGAGGAUCGUUUCAGUCGUGGCAUCACCGUUGGAAAAAUGUCAUAAAAUCGAAGCCACGUGCGACGGGAGCAACGGGGAAGUCUAUCGCGUUUCGGUGCAAAUGAAAACGAACGCGAGUUUUGGUGGUGGUGAUGGUGACGACGACGAGGACAAAAAGAAGAAUGAUGACGUUUUUGAAGAAGUAACGGAGGCGACGUGCGAAUGCGCGCACGCGAACAAACUGAGCGGGAAGACGCGAGGGAGGUGCAAACAUUCGUGCGCGGUUUUGAUGGUUGGUUUAGAUCAUCGUCGUCAAAGUCGGAUUCAGAAGAAGACUUUGAUGAACAACAAUAACUCGCCGAAAGGGAAGGCUUUGGGGGCAAAUGGGGAUUCUUCGUCGGGGGUGACGACGGGGAGGAUGAAACGCGCGAGGAAGCUGCCGAUGUCACUUUUGGGGGGAGGAAAGAGCGGAGACGGGGGAGAGGUUGAGAAGAGUAAGAAGAAUAAGACAGCGAAAGCGACGACUCAGAAGACGAUCCGGGCGGUUCAGACGACGACGACGAAAAAGAAGGAUGAUGACGAGAAGGCGGAUUUUUUGGAGGAUUUGCUGGAUGAUGGCGGCGACGAGGAAGAAGAAGAGGACGAAGACGGGAAGAAAGAAAGGCUGAAAAAGAAGAGGAAGAAGAAAAGAGGGAGAAGAAGAGAGACUUCCUCGUCGGACUCGGAAUCGGAUUUUGAACCGUUCGGCGCUGAAGUGCCGAUGGAACAUCGCAUGCCGACGAUGUCGCAAAGACCGACGCCGCCGAGACGACGACGGGGCAGAAGAGGCGACGCGGACGACGGGGAUGAUGACGAGAUAGAAGACAUGGUGGAGAUAUCCGAUUUUAGCGAUGGCGAAGAACUACCACCGCGACGACCGGCUGGAAUCGAUGGCGUCGCGAAAGCGCACGCGAACAAAAAGACGGCGCUCGAAGCGGCAGAAUGCAUGACCCUGGAGACGUUACGAGCGGCGUGCGAGAGACGCGUCGAGCGAGCCGCAUCCGCCAAAGAAAUAGAAGAAGAAGAAGAAGAAGAAGAAGCAUACAAGGAGAAGAAGGAAAAUGAAGCCGAAGAACAAGUACAAAACCACGAAGAAGAUGGCGUCAUCGUCAUCGACGACGAUGGCGACGAGAUGGUUCUGGGCACGCAAAACAGAUCGCCGGCGCCACCGCAAACAACAACAACUAAAAAAAGUCAACCGAUGACGAUGGAAGAAAUGCAAAAGUUGUUCAUGUUUGGCGGGAGCACAAAAGCCGCUGCUUCUCCUCCAAUCAAUAUUAAAGAGAAGAACACCCACGCGAAUUCUCCUCCAAAAGUGCCCGGCGCGGGCCCUCUCGCGUCCUCCUCGACGAUGCCUCCUAAGAAGAAGAAACCAAAAACCGUCCCAAUCGUAACCACUCAAGAAGACGCCAUCAACUACUUUACCGCCGCCGCUGGGAAAAAAGAAGAAGAAGAAGAAGAAGAAGAAGAAGAAGAGAAGAAACGAAAACGAGCCAAGAAGGCUGUCGUCGAAUACUCCGUCGCCGCCGACGCCUCGCUCAAGGAGAAACCCAAAAAGAGCUUCGCCGCCUUGUUCGAAAACAACAGCUACAGCAGCAGCAGCGACUCCUGA